CGCAGUAGAAAAUUCACAAGGAGCUCGAGCAGGUUGCGAAAAAAGCGCAAACUUCUGAGAGAAGACCAUCGUGAACUUCUUUCUCAAUGGGCAAGCUGACGGUCGAGGCUACGGGAAAGACAGGCCCAGAGGACCCGCCUCCCUAUCCUUUGGAGCCCCUCCCAACUAAGCCUGGUCUACAGACUAACAUCGUGGUACCAGAGGAGGUGCCUGGUCAUCCAUCGGCUCGCCCCAGACGGUGCCCGAAGAAGUGCGGGACCAUCGCCCUGGUUACCGUCUGUGUGGUGCUGGUGGUGUCGCUGGUCAUCCUCGGGGUCAAGCUGGCCAAGAAACAUAAGAUGGCCGGGAAACAUGGUUGCAGGGACCGUGGAGAGGAAGGACACAUGGGGGACUAUGACUGCGAAGAGAUGGAGGACAUGGAUGAGAUGGGCGAGGAAGGAGAGCAGUCGGAGGGGUCAGACGGACAUGGCGGCGAGCAGAAUCCAAAUAGUCGCUGGUGCCCUAAUGGAGCUGGUCACGAAUGUUAAGACCUUUUGGAGAUCCCCAGCAAAGUGGCUGUUGGCUACAAUAGCAACACAUAGCAACCAAUUUUGACCCAAAUUUUCACACACUUUGUCCCCUCCCCAACUAGUAUGAAAAGUUUGCAUGGGGUGCCGAGAGCUGCUACCUAGCUGGCACCAUGUACCAUGUUGAAUCAUUACCACUAUGAAAAAUGGAGUUUUUGGCGACGCCUCAGAGGCUAGCCUUAUAUUAUAGUGUGCGACCGUUUGUACAUCCUUCCUUUUGCAUCAAUAAAAUGUAAAGAUUA